GGAUGUGAAACUAGCCCGCCUUGGCCACACUUAUUAGAUCACACCUACAAUGUGGCUAAAGUAUUAACACAAAAAAACAAGCCGGUUUUAGUCCUUUCCGACACCCCCCUCCUUAAAAAAAACCCAAAACAAAAAUACCUGAGGACAACUGAGCCAUCCUCCGCUCUUACAACUAAGCGAGGACCAACAUUGACGGGGGAACGUCGCUUGAACAGAUUUAUACAGGUAUUUGCUGGCUGAUUAAAAAGCAUGCCUUUGUUCCAUAAUCAGAGCUGGAGGUAACCCCGAAUUGUCUGUACUGUCAUCCCCCUGCACCUCAGAGUGGAGAUGGUCCACUGGACCACACAGUGGGGUACAUGCGUCUGGCUUCAGACUCUGCUGGCCUUUGCAUCACCCAGCUGUCCCUUGAUGGCCCCAAGCCCUGUCAACUUCUCAUUGGUUUACACCAUGCCCUUCUUUCAGGCUUGCAGCCCCAUCCAGAACAUUGUCAACAAUUCCCUGUACCAGGAGGUGUACGUGGCUUCUCAAAAUCUGAUCGAAGGUGUCAACAGAAGCCUGGAGAAGGUUUGGGAGCUUCGUACUGGACCAGUGGGUAGCCCAGAGUGUAAGAUAUGUGAUUUGUGUGACAUUGACAAGGAUCCCAACUUUUUAGAGAAUACAAACAAUCAAGUCUUAUUGUUGGAUACUCUCUUUAUGUAUUUAUACUCUUGUGGAAGUUCUCAGUAUGGCAUAUGCUAUUUUCACCAGCUGAACACAAAUGGAGAGCCACCUUCUCUCUCCAAAUGUUUGUUCAGAAAGGAUUCAAACUCAGCUGCCUACUGCCCAGAUUGUCUAGCCAGCCCUUUUGGUACCAAAGUCACCAUGGUGGAAGAGGGUCAAACUGUGUACUUCUUUGUGGCAGCCACUGUCAAUGACAGUGUGACACAACGUUAUGGUAGGAAGUCUAUAUCUGUCCGCCGCCCGCUGGCAACCGAGGACGGUUUCUACAGUGAUGUGCGUGGCCUGACAGUCCUGCCAGGCCUGCGGAGGACAUACAGUAUCGAUUAUGUCUACAGCUUUUUCACCCAGGAGUUUGUCUACUUCCUGUCUGUCCAGAGAGAGAGCCCUGAUCAGGAAUCAUCUCCCUUUCAGACACGGCUUGGUCGGCUCCCACGCAACGAAUGGGAAAUGAAGCGGUAUCGCGAGUUGAUUCUGGAGUGUCGAUUCGAACCAAAGCGUCGCAGGAGGAACGUGGCCAGUGAGCCCUACAAGGAUGUGGUCUACAAUGUGGUACAGGCGGCCCACUUUGGCAAGGCAGGCAGGGAGCUGGCAGAAGAACUAGGGGCUGAGGAGAAAGAGGACAUCCUCUAUGGGGUUUUUGCUGUUACUGAUGACAACGGUGUCACAGAGCAUGACUCCGCCCUGUGUGCCUUCCCCAUGGACAACGUAAACAAAGCCAUCGAUGAUGGCGUGGAUGACUGCUGCAAAUCCGGACCAGAGCAGCUCUCCAGAGGACUCUGCCACUUCCAGCCUUGUGAGAGCUGUCCCCAUGAGAGCAUGGAGAACAAUGCCACAUGCAGAGACCAUCCCACCAUGGUGUCAAAGCCCUACUACAGAGUGGACCUGUUCAACAGGCAGAUGAGGGAUGUCCUGCUCACCUCUCUGCUGGUCACCACCAUAGAAAACAAGACAGUGGCCCACAUCGGCACCUCUAAUGGACGGCUGCUACAGCUUGUCUUGACAAGAUCCAGCCCCAUCAUUUUUGCCAAUUACUCUUUGGUAGAGAACCAAAGGGUGUCCUCCAUCGCUGCUGUGUACUCAACCGAGUACCUCCUCUUUGUGGUUGGAGACAAGAUGAUUCAGGUGCCUCAGAGAGGGCCAGGCUGUCAGCACUUCCUGACCUGCGCCAUGUGUCUGACUGCUCCAAAGUUCAUGGGCUGCGGCUGGUGCUCUGGAGAGUGCUCAUGGGAGAGCGAGUGUGACAGUCACUGGAGGAAUGAGUCUUGUCCGCCAGGCAUCACAGGGUUCUUUCCAAGGACUGCGCCUCCUGAUGGUCAAACUGAGCUAACAGUUUGCGGCUGGGAGUUCCAGUCCCCCUUAAGACCCGCCAUCACCUCCAGAACUCACCAGGUCAGACUGGGGCCGGCAUCCUGUGCCGUGCUGCCGGUCAAGAGCAACAACACACACCUGGUGUGCAAGAUUCGCUCUGGCGCAAUUGAGCUGUCCAAACCAGUCAACGUUACGGUAGAGGUGCACGAGGGCAAGGUGGAGGGGCGCUAUUCUAUUGAUGGGAAGGCAGAGAUGUCAGGGUUCACGUUUGUGAUUCCCAACAUCACAGAAAUCCAGCCCAACUACGGGCCUCGUAUUGGGGGCACACUGAUCACUGUGACUGGGCCUCACCUGGAUGCUGGCAAGACCAGGAGGAUCACUCUCAAUGAUGAGCCCUGUCCUAUAAAAAGGGUCACACCGCCUAAAGGCAACUUGUCCUCCAUUAUUUGUCUGUCUCAGCCAAUUUCGGAGGUCAGGGAUGUCCCCCUCAGCGUCUUCAUAGACAAGUCUUGUGUUCUUACCACCAAAGUGUUUUACUACAAAGAGAACCCCGAGAUUACUGCAGUACUGCCUGAUUGCAGUUUUGACAGGGGGUCAAAGAUUGUGAUUGAAGGGAAAAACCUGGAUUCUGUUUACCAGACUAUCAUCCGCUUUAAACCCAAUGAGAGCCACCUGAAACCUAUGACCACGGUGUGCAAAGGCAAAUCUUUGCCCACGAGGAUGGAGUGUGUCAGUCCCGCAUUCCCCAGAGAUGAGAGUGAGGAAGGACAACUCUCGUUUGACAUGGAUGGAGCUGUUGGACUCUGGAAUGGAGAAUUCUCUUACCACCCUUAUGGCGAGCCCAUACCCUUCGAAACAGAAGGACGAGUGCUGAGUUUGUACCCUGGGUUUGACGAAGUAUCACUACAUCAUCAAAAGCUGAACCUUGUGAGCUCCUGUAUGACGAUCAAGAUGACCGUGGCGGGAGUUGACUGUGAUGCCAAAGUCCUAGACAAUGAGAUCACCUGCAGGAUACCCAAAAACAUGACCAUCCCUGGUGAAGGACUGCCGGUGAAGAUCUCCAUCAAUGGGCAGGUCCACAAUGUUGGCACAGUAGUGAGGGUCAGCAACCACUACAUGGUGGGAAUCGUCCUGGGCAUCCUGGCAGCACUGGUGGCCGGGGCUGUGCUGGCCUUUGUCGUCAUGAAGCACCUGAGGAAAAAGAAGAAAGCCUCCAUGGUGGAGACCCGUCUGGCCCAUAACCCUAACCGCUCUGGCACCAGCAGCGUGGAGCUGUCACCCAUCGGGGACUACAGGAGAGCAGUGUCCCUUAGUCCGCCCGUCACGCUGGCGGGGCCGGUAGUGUUUCCAAGCCUGGCCUAUGCUGCGAGCAACAUGGACCCUAUCCUCACUCCACUUAUGCCCCCAGAGAAGAUCUCCAUCUCUAGCUUUAGGCCUGAGCUCCUGGAGGAAGUGAAGGACGUUCUCAUUCCAGCUGAGAUGCUCAUUGUCCAGUACCACCGGAUCAUAGGGCAGGGUCAUUUUGGCACUGUCUGUCAUGGUUACUUCACAGACCACAACAACAGAGAAAUCCACUGUGCAGUGAAAUCAUUGAACAGAAUAACAGAUGUGGAGGAGGUGGAGCAGUUUCUGAAGGAGGGCAUCAUCAUGAAGUCUUUCCAUCACAUCAACGUGCUGUCUCUGCUUGGCAUCCUGCUGCCCCAGGAGGGGCUCCCCCUAGUUGUGCUGCCCUACAUCAAGCAUGGGGAUUUGCGCCAUUUCAUCCGCUGCGAGAAGAGGAACCCUACUGUGAAGGAUUUGAUUGGCUUUGGGCUGCAGGUUGCAAAGGGGAUGGAGUACUUGGCCCAGAAGAAGUUCGUGCACAGAGACCUUGCAGCACGAAAUUGCAUGCUGGAUGAGUCUUACACGGUCAAGGUGGCGGACUUUGGCAUGGCUAGAGAUGUUUUCGAUAAGGAAUACUACAGUAUUCAGGACCACAGAAAGGCUAAGCUGCCUGUCAAGUGGAUGGCCAUUGAGAGUCUGCAAACACAGAAAUUCACUGCCAAGUCAGAUGUGUGGUCUUUUGGGGUGCUCAUGUGGGAGAUGCUAACAAGAGGAGCUAGCCCCUACCCAGAGGUGGACCCCUAUGACAUCACCCAUUACUUACUGAAAGGCAGGAGGCUUCCCCAGCCGCAGUACUGUCCUGACCCAUUGUAUAGCAUCAUGCUCCAGUGCUGGGACCCUGACCCAGAGCUGAGGCCCAGCUUUGCUACGCUGGUGUCUGCUGUCCUCAACAUCCUGUCAAGCUUGGAGGGAGAGCACUACAUUAGCCUGAAGGUCACCUAUGUCAACCUGGACCAGCCUCGACCGUACCCAGCCCUCACAGAAUCUGCUGAUGAAAAUGACUCCACGGACGCCGAAGACACUGGCUCAGUUUCCUCCUAACCCCCCCCCCCCGCCCCAUCCUCCACCUUGCACUUUCUGGGUGCUACGGCUGGUAUUGGUGCUACUGUAAGAACACAGGGGAGCUCUUACUGGAAGGUCAAACCAACGUCUUUUACCAGUCUCAGCACUUAUAAAAAGUCAGAGUCCACGAAAGAAGGGGUCCGAUGCUUAGAUUUCAACCACCAUAACUCAAAGAGAGAGGUUAAUCACAGGUGAUCUUUCCACUACCUAUAAUAUGUGAACUGUUACAAGAGCAGGACCAUUUUGAAUGUAAGAUCAGCAAUGUGGUGUCCUCACAUUUUCUUGAUUCCGUUGCAAUGCAGUGAUUUUUCUCUAUAUUUUGGAUCAUACAGCUGCAAAGGGAAAAAAAACGACCAUGAUGUUUUGAAAGCAAUCCGAUUAUCAUCCUGUUGCUUUUUCUCUCAACACAAUUUCUUUAAAUUAGAGUGUAAUAAAUUGACAUAUUUAUUUGUUUAUAGACUCUUUAUUCUUCUGUGGACUUUAACUAGAUAUUGGGACCGAUGUUAAUUUUCCCAUCAGGAACUGAUUUAUGUUGCAACAGCUUCACAGCCCACCACAUUUUCUUCAAACGAUGGCCUCGGCCAAGCUCAUGUUUACACAAAUCGCCACAAUCUUCUUAAAGGGUAAGGUGCCGGCUUUCCACUAGAGGGCAGCAUGUUGUUAGACUUCAUCUGCAUCAGCACUGCUCGCCCAUGUUUC